CAUCCACAUCGUCCCUUUAACCUGUUCGUGACUGCACGUGCGUCUCUGCCAGCCAGCCUUCCGUUCGCAUUGAGUGACGUUUGCAUCCGCGAGACCGGAGUCGGAUCGGGCGGCGGAGUGGCGGGACACGGCCUCAGAAGAGAGACCCACCAUGCGUGAAUAUAAGCUUGUGGUCCUAGGCUCUGGAGGCGUGGGGAAGUCCGCACUGACAGUUCAGUUCGUACAGGGAAUAUUUGUUGAAAAAUAUGACCCCACAAUUGAAGACUCCUAUAGAAAGCAAGUUGAAGUGGAUGGGCAGCAGUGUAUGCUAGAAAUCCUGGAUACUGCAGGCACAGAGCAGUUUACAGCGAUGAGAGACUUGUACAUGAAGAAUGGUCAGGGUUUCGCUCUGGUUUACUCUAUAACAGCACAGUCCACCUUUAAUGAUCUGCAGGACCUACGAGAACAAAUACUGAGAGUGAAGGAUACAGAAGAUGUGCCAAUGAUCCUGGUUGGAAAUAAGUGUGAUUUAGAGGACGAGAGAGUUGUUGGGAAAGAGCAGGGUCAGAAUCUCGCUCGUCAGUGGUGUAAUUGUGCCUUUCUAGAAUCCUCUGCCAAAUCGAAGAUCAAUGUCAAUGAGAUCUUUUAUGACCUGGUAAGACAAAUAAACAGAAAGACGCCGGUGGAAAAGAAAAAAGCGAAAAAGAAGUCAAACUGCAUCCUGCUGUAACACAAAUGCAGAACGUCACUGCAGCAGCUCUGAGCCAGAAUGCCGAUAUGAAGAACUGUUACUAAGUUGGCCAGCAUUCCAGUUUCUCGCCAAACAAUUAAUAAGGCAGAAAAAAACACAGACUCCUGAACUAAAACAGACUUGACAGAUGAAGAGAUGCAGCCUCUGCCUUUCCUUCUUGAAAACCUGCCACCCCUUUGAUUACUGUUGUUUUUUCUGAAGGAGAUUCUACACUGUGAAUCUGUGCCUGGAGGAGAAUCUGUCUGACAAAGGGGUAUACAGACAGGGAGGGGGUUCAGGACUUACUUAAUGCCUAUAGAGAGGAUGGGGACAUUUCAAAACAUGCUUUUUUUACGUUAUAUUUGGAUCUUUCUUCAUCAUUUGUACAGAAAUUUCAUUAGAAACAGUUCAAACUCUUUUUUGGUCUAAUCACAGCUUUUGUGUUUUCAAAUGUUAUGCUCAAGUUUUAAUUUUUGGAUCUAGAGAAACUGUGGCAAAUUAAACAAAUGUCCUUUUUAUAGUUAAAUGCUGAAAAUAACAAGACGCUUGGUUCUGUGUAUCUUAAAGAUAAAGAUAUAGUACUAAAACCAAUUCUGUAAUAACCUUUAUGUUCUUUACAAUUUAAAUGGUUAAUUUUACAGCUUUUGCUGAAAAUUAUUUUUUUGAUGUAUAUAUUUUUUCUGUAUCUUGUGAUAUGAUGUAGCUACGCUCAGAAUCAAAAUCCGAACCGAUUUGUGCCUGAGCAGGAGAAGAAUGAAAUCCAAUCUAUUACGCACAGAUGACUUCUCCACUGAUAACCGCAAACCAAUAAUCAAUAGUCAGUCUUCACACUUCAGUUGCCAAGUUAAAUAUGUCAUGAUGUCUCAAGAUAUUUUACUUUAGUUCAUCUUGAUUUUGUUUUGUUGAAUAUUUCAAGCAAAAUGUCUGGCUGGCUUUUGAUUUUAUUUUAAAUUAAUUUGUGUGUGUGUGUUUUUUGAUCAAUAAAUUUAAUAUUGAUUUGA